UUUAUGAAAUCUGGUAGUUGUUUGAUGUUUACCAGAAAACAGAAACGGAUAAGAGAGGAGGGAAAACAACAGUCACUCAAGAAUGGCAUCAUUAGCAACAUCAACACUCGUGUACUCUACUCCUGUUAGAAUCAAAACUAGUUCAAAGCCAAGGUCAAGUUCAAGAACUUGCAAGAAAACAGUCCCUUUCCUUGUUACUAGAGCAGACAGUUCUUCUCUUCUCCUCCAUGCAGCUAAGCACACUGUUGAUAAACACAUACAAAGUGGCAUGGUUGUUGGUUUAGGGUCUGGACAGGCUUCUGGUAUGGCUAUACAGUAUCUGGGUCGGCUACUCCGAACUGGGGCUUUAAAAGACAUAGUUGGAGUACCCAUGUCUGUAACAAGUGCAAGUGAAGCAGCAAAGGCUGGCAUCCCAUUGGACGUAUACCAAGAUAGUUCUCAAAUUGAUUUUGCAUUUGAUGAUGCUGAUAUUAUAGAAGAAGAAACACUUGUUGCAAUCAUUGGACGUCAGAAAUCACAGAGCGACGAGUCCAUCAUUCAAGAGAAGUCAAUACUCAAAGCAGCCAAUAAGCUUGUAUUCAUGAUUACAGAAAACCAGUACGUGGGAGGUCUUGAAGGUUCUAUUCCAGUUUUGGUUCAAGCUCUCAACUGGAUGGAAACUGCUGAAGAGAUUGAUGACCUAUUUUUAGGUGAUGCAGAGGUAUGGAGGAGAUCAUCGAUAGGACAAGCUGGUCCGACGGGGGGCGAUUACCCUUUCAUUACAAGAGAAGGUCACAACGUUCUUGAUGUCAUCUUCACAUCUCCAGUACAAAGCCUUGCUGAAGUAGCUGAAAGUCUUGAUAAAGUUGAUGGCGUUGUUGAUCAUGGAGUUUUUUCCAAGUUCCCAUGCACUGUUGUGAUUGCUGCUGAAAGUGGAGGUCUGAACAUUGUUGAUAGAUAGUCUCCUAGUGUGGGAUAUGAUUCUUCUUGAGUCUGUUCUGUACAGAAAAUUGAGCAAAGAAAAAAAAAAAAACAAAGUGAAAUUUAGACAUCCUGUUUUUGGACCAAGGUUAAACUGUAUUUAAGGUAAGGUUUAAUCUGAUAUGUGCAACAAGAUUCUUCUUUUGUUUAAAGCCAGUAUUUAGUAUACUUUGAAUUUAAUUUA